GCCCUUUCCACACAAUUUACUUGAUCGGAGAGGAAUUGGAGCGGAAGCGAAGCAGUUAAAAGUGGGUUGUUGCUUCAACGCUACUGAAAUUAAAGAUGAGUGACACCGAAAAUCAAACGGAGGGCUUCAUCACAGAACUUCUCGAAGAAUUACGCAGCAUGCCAGUCGACAUACGAUUUUUCUCCAUGAGCAUGAGAGCUCUUUACUCAGACGUGGCUGUUGGCACCAAUACUGCGCCUGCUGAAAAGUUCAGGGAACUCCGAGACAAAACCAGAAACGACGCAAUAGUGUACUUGAACGGUCUCUUCCCGCUUUCAGUCACGUUUGUUGCAUCUGUCAGCGAGUACUUUGAGUAUUAUGAAGCCCUGGAGUACGAAGAAUGGUGUGAGAUUCUACCUGACAUCCUUGAAGAAACUAUUUGCCACAGGGAAAUGUGCAAAACGCUACUGCAGAUGCACGAAGACAUCAUAGAACCACUCAAAGUGAGAGAGGACCAGGCCCGCGUAAUUGUAAGUGAAUUAAGAAGCCUUAGACAGAAAUUUGAAAAAAUGAAGAAAGAGCUGGAAGACAAGGCAAAGACAAAACGCAGCUGGGCGAUUGUAUUUGCCUUUAUACCAUUUCUGAACUUCUUAGUAGUUCCUUUUUUGCGUAAUGCCGCUGAAUACGAUUUGGCUAAUGCAGUUGCUAAAGGCAGCGAAGCAGAAGUUCAAGAAGCUGCCGCACUCGCAGUUAGCGGCAUGAUCCAUGCCUUGCAAGCCUUUAUCACCGGUCUCCAAAAAGCAGCCGCUUUCUUCGCCGUAAUGGAAAAGAAGUUAAGAAGCUUUGAAGGAAAAGCUGAGAAAGCCAAAAGCCGCGAAAUGAAAGCGUACUACACAAUGAUGAAGAAACCAGCAAGAGAAGUGCAGAACCUUUGUGACGGCUUCUUCGCGGUUACACCACAGGUCAGGACCGAUUUUCGCGCCAUUCCAACCGAAGGAACAGACCAGAACUACGUCGACAGGUGGCUGGAAAAGCAGAAGAAAACCAUCCAAGAAAAAUUUUUAAUUCGAAAGCUAGCAAGCAAGCUUCUGUCAGCCAGGACAGCCCCAGGUAAGGCUAGAGCUGGUGAAGAGUGUAAAGAACUAGAUCGAGUGUCACUCUAAGGAACAUCUUAAUGGAAACAGUAUGAUUUUUGUCGUUUCGUCUUUCUCCACAUAUCUAUACUAGAGUAAGUGUAAUGUCAUGCAGCAGCAAAAUCAAUUUUUAACUUUAAGGGUGACAGUGACUACGAAUUUAUCGGAAUCGCUUCGUCUAUGAUUUAAUUCAUCAAUCUGCCGGUUUAUCCCCAAAGGAGCUUUGACUCAUUGUUUAGUAUAGCGCCUUAGAAAAACGAGCACAGUGAUUAUUAAUUGCAAACAGGAUUAUAAGUUAUAACGAAAUUUUAUUUUUUCAUGAAUUUCAUUUUUGCUUAGCUUAGUUUUUCGUGUC